AUGCAGCAAGCAUUUCAAAAGUUCAAAAGGGCUAAAGUAAUCACACUUCUAAAGCGGGGAAAGUUAGGAACCGAGGCUGCAGAUUAUCGCCAAAUCUUACUGCUAAGCAUCCCAUACAAGAUCCUAGAGAGAAUACAACCUCAUAUUGACAAGAUUAUUCCGGUAAAACAAGCAGGCUUCAGGAACAACAAAAGUUGCGAAGAACAGGUUAUCGCCUUAACAACACUAAUUGAAGCUGGUUUCCAGAAAAAGCUAAGAAUCAGCGUAGCCUUCUUUGAUCUCUCCGCUGCUUAUGACACGAUCUGGAGACAUGGACUGCUUUAA